ACGAGACGCGCCGCGUGUCGAUGCCGGGCAUGCAGCGUUAUGUAAAGUGCUGAGACAGUGCAGCAGCGAGCGUUGCGCUCGACCGCGUGCGCGCUCCCCCGCCCGCGGUCCUCCCCCUUGCGAUUUCGUCCGGCGGCAGCUAACAAGCGGCGCGGGGCUCGGAGGUCGCGCUCCUCCCGCCUCUGCCCUCCGAGACGCGUCGCACUCCGACAAUCGGCGACUGGCAACCGCUUAGGCACUCAGUCGUCGAGCGAAGUUCGUCGGCACCGGUCGGCCUCGUGCCCCGGUAGUCGUUUCUACUCUCGUACCGAUAUCGUGACGUAUCGCAGCUUCGGUCGCCUUGGACGCGCAGCCAUUUCGGGAGUUCGUAGUGAUUCCGCGGAUAAAUGACACGCUAAAAAAAUAUAAAAUGAAAAAGAAAUAAUAACUAUGUGUGCUGUUGUAAAUAAUAUGUUAAUCAUAAUGAGGACUAGUGAAGUGCAAAGUUAAAAAAAAAUAUCGUGUUGGAAGUAUAGAAUGGAGGUAUUUGACACAAUGACUACGCCUAGGGAGGCUUUUUUCUCAGAAACGCUUCAUACCAUAGCGAUUAAUACUAGAGAAACAGAAUUUGGGAGCUUAGUUGAGCCAAUUCCCAUUAUGCUGAAGACUUAUCAAUCAUAUCAACCGAAUGGUCAAAAUAUUAAUAGCUAUGGACACCCUCAUCCAGUCAUAGCGUCGUUGACUUCAGUACCGUUAGCACAAAUGGUUGAAAAUUCGUCGACUUCGCCGAGUCAGCCAAGUCCUAAUAAAGCAGAAGUAAAGGAAAAGCAAACAAUUGUAAGGCCUCCUAAGAAGAAAUGGAUCAAAGAGUAUUUGGAGGAGGAGCCGAAGUCGCCAGUGUCCGUGCGAGUGACAGGAGUAUCGGUGACGCGCAGCAACGGUGUGGUGCGGCCGACGUCGCCGGUGUCGGUGGUGCCCCCCGCGCCCGUGCCUAUCGCGCCACUCGCACCUCUCGAGCCGGUCUCCACACCCGCUGCGCCACCCUCCGCGUCCCUCGACUUUGUUGUACAAGAACAUUCCAGGCCGCGUAAUAUAAACAAUAGUCAUGGACCACCUCAAAUCCCAUCUCCGCCUUCAGUUAGUAGUAAUGGUAGCGGUAGCGGCAGCGGCAGCAGUGGCAGCGUCCCCCGCGCCGCCACGCGGGAGGUCCAUAACAAGUUAGAGAAAAACCGCCGCGCACACCUCAAGGAGUGCUUCGAACUGCUGAAGCGACAAUUACCCGCAACACCAGACGAUAAAAAGACGUCCAAUUUGUCUAUAUUGGGCUCCGCUAUUCGUUAUAUACAGAUGCUUCGACGAAAAGAACGUGAAUGCGAACACGAGAUGGAACGUCUGGCUCGCGAAAAGAUAGCGUCUCAACAGCGACUCGCCGCGUUAAAGCGAGAAAUAUCUGUGCGUGCUACAGUACGCCCACGCAGUAUUGAUGCUCUUUCGGAAGAAACUGACGAUCGUGUUAGCGGGCAGGUUUUAGGAAUACCUAUAAGUAUUACUUCUUCUCCACCGCGAUCAGCUGUUCGGUUGGAACCAUCCCCCCCUCGAACACUAAACCUCAGUACGAAGCUGAGAACACUGCCGAUACAAAUUACACCUACUACCUCGCAGGUCGUAAGAACAUCGUACGGUACGAGACACAACACGCUCACCCUUACAACGAUUGCGCCGGCAGAUCCUUCGAUGCAGAAUGGUCAAGAGGUUAAUGGCGUAACAAGCACCAUAAACAACAUAGUGCAUCCAGCUCAAAUUCAUCUCCCUUUAUCUCAAGUGGUCAGUAGUGGUGGUCUUGUGGUAGGCCCUACGGCGCUACAGCUGCUGUCGGCAGGUGGCGGCUUGCGAGUCUUACAAGCGCCGUCUAUUCAUACCAACGGUAUAACUACAGAUAGUAAUAAGGUCUCAAAAGAAAAUGGUAUCGGAACGCCUCCGCCAACGUCAACAGAAGGAAGCGUCGUUGUUGGCGGUUUAACUCCUCUCGUUGUGUCGCAGCCUGCGCAUUUAUUACAGACGCACACGCUCACACAUAAGAUGGUAGAAACUCAGAUGGUGAAAGGUAGUGUGGCGCCAUUGACGGUGAGCGCGCAGUACUUGAGCGCCACCACCAUCGUCAAGCCCGUGGUGGUGGUGUCCAGUGCGCCUUCCACGUGACCCCCGCGCGACCUCUGAACGUCUAGUACACGCUCACUUUGAUGCUGUUUGUGUUUUAUAAAACAUACUAAAACUAUUUAACUGACUAUUAAUAUGGUGUAAAAUUUUGUUAUCAAUGUCUCAUUUUGCUAUAAUCUGUCGACUUUUCUCAUUGUAAAAAAAAAACAUCGACUGAAUGCCAGUUUUUUUAAUGACAGUAAAUUUUUCUCAUUACUUCAAUUUCGCAAUUUGGUAAAAGAACUGUCAAAAUGAUCGCUAUAAUGGUGUUAUUGAACCACGGUCUUAUAUACAGGCCAGGAAACAGCCCAAUUUCAAUGGCUCUCACCAUUCACCACGCACAGGAUUGAUCCAACUGUUUCAUUAUGGAGCUUAUAACGUUUAUCUGUUUUAAUAUUUUUUCUCUUCUCAACUGAG